AUGAAACAGCCCAACAGGAAAAGGAAGCUUAGUAUGGAUUCCAGAGAGCAUUUGGAUCAGGACGGAUGCUUGGAUCAAGCUGAAGAAGAAAAGAAACCCCAGGAUGGUGCAACCUCUCUGAGCCACGUCCCGGCAGCAGCUACCCAGGAAGCGUGGUCUUGGGAGCGGUACUUGAGAGAACAGAAAGCCGUCGCAGCCCCCGUUGAAUUGUUUUCUAAGGAUCAGUCCUUUCCAGAGCAUGAAAAUGGUUUUCAGAUCGGAAUGCGAUUAGAGGGUGUUGAUCCCCGACAUCCGUCUGUAUUCUGCGUGCUUUCUGUAGCUGAGGUGUGUGGCUACCGUCUAAGACUUCAUUUUGAUGGUUAUUUAAGUUGCUAUGAUUUUUGGACCAAUGCAGGUUCCCCUGACAUUCAUCCUGUAGGCUGGUGUGAAAAGACCAAACAUGAAUUGCACAUCCCUAAGGGUUAUAGAAAAGAUAAAUUUGUUUGGAUGGAUUACUUGAAGGCCUGCAAAUUGCAAAAUGCUCCCAAGAAAUUAUUCAGAAACAGAAGUUCUAACGGGCCAGUGCCUAAGGAAUUUCAGGUUGGAAUGAAGCUGGAGGCCAUGGACAGGAAGAACCCUGCCUUGGUGUGUGUGGCGACCAUAGCCGAUAUUGUCGGAGACCGCGUACUGGUGCAUUUUGACAACUGGGAUGAUAGUUACGAUUACUGGUGUGAUGUUACCAGUCCUUAUGUGCAGCCGGUUGGUUGGUGUCAGGAGAAUGGAAGGACUCUGAUAGCGCCCCAAGGUUAUCCUGAUUCAGAAAAUUUUUCCUGGACAGAAUAUCUGGAAGCUACUCACACUAACGCAGUUCCUGCCGAAGUUUUUAAAAUGAGGUUGCGUCAUGGUUUUCAGCCAAAUAUGAAACUUGAAGUUGUGGAUAAAAGAAACCCCAGGUUAAUUCGAGUUGCUACAAUUACAGAUGUUGAUGACCAAAGAGUAAAGGUUCAUUUUGAUGGUUGGGACCAGAAGUAUGACUACUGGGUGGAGGCGGACAGCCCUGACAUCCACCCGGUCAGGUGGUGUGAUGUCACGGGGCAUCCCCUGGAGGUCCCACAUCGAGCAAAUGAUGUGAACAUCCUUCCAGGUCAAGCUGUGUGUCCUACUCCAGGGUGCCGAGGAAUAGGCCACAUCCGUGGUCCGCGUUACUCAGCUCAUCACAGUGCUUUCGGCUGCCCAUAUUCGGACAUGAACUUGAAAAAGGAAGCAACACUUCAUGACCGUCUGAGAGAACAAACACAGGCAAAUUUGGAAUCAGACUCUUCACAUUCCAAAUCAAAAAACAUCUGUAGUUUGAGCUUCAAUGGAAAACUUGGAAAGGUGAACAGUCAGCCCAGACUUGUACAGCAGGCAAAGUGUUUGAAAAUCAAAGGAAAAGAAGAUAUUGACUUGGAUAAUCUCUUCAGAGAACGCUCCGUGGGGCAGACACAGCGGGCGCUUCCCCAGUCGCUCUUCAUGUCCACGGUGUCAGUCCGCCCUUUCUGGGACCUUCCCCUCGGCAGGGAGCAGCACUGCAAGCUGCUUCCAGGUGUGGCUGACGUCCAAGCAAGCCAGGUGGCCCAGUGGACAGUGGAUGAGGUGGCCGAGUUUGUACAGUCUCUUCUGGGCUGUGAAGAGCAUGCCAAGUGCUUUAAAAAAGAGCAGAUUGAUGGCAAAGCCUUCCUGCUCCUGACGCAGACAGACAUCGUCAAAGUGAUGAAGAUCAAACUGGGUCCAGCCCUGAAGAUUUAUAAUUCCAUCCUGAUGUUCAGGAAUUCCCAGGACCUCACUGAAGAAGACGUCCUCUCAGGCCAAGAGGUCAGGGGCUGAGUGUGCUCCCAGAACUCCCGCUGCCAGCAGGACCUGCGCUCUUCCAGCAAUAAAUUGGAGCACAUUCGUUUGAUUUUAGUGUCCUCGUGGUCAUGUCCACGUUUCAUCUGGACCUUUUAAAUUGUCUGUGACUCAUGUGGUUAGAAGAUCUGGACGACUGAUCAAGUGCCAGUGACUCAGGACCUCAGCGAGCACCGGGGGCGGGUUUGGGUUGAUGAGUAUCUCGUUAUCUCUGGCGGGAUCCUUUCAGCUCUGAGUGUUUGCACCAGACAGACCAAAGAAACCCACACACGCACCUCUAUUCUUUCUCUUCACCACAAAAGAAAAACCAUUUUUCCAUUUAUAAGCGUAAAACUCUCAAGUGGUAAAAUACUAAGAAAAUGGUACUCAUGAAUACACGGUUAACAUGUCCACCAGAACAGUAUCGAGCUUGCCUCAGAUCUGCCGUCCGGGUGGUGUGAGUCUAAGAAAUAGAGGCCUGGUGCUUUUAAAAGAAAGACUUCAUGUGAGAUUUUUGUGUGCUUUACUCAGGAAAGUAUGAAUAUUUAAAAAAUAUGUAACAAUAAGCACACGUUUGCAGGGUUCAUUAAUUCUCCUUUCUGUCCCAUUAACUGUUCCUCCGUUGUGCCCCCAAGGUUUCCUGGAGCCCAUGCGAAGGAGGGUGCCCAGGAGUAUGGAAAGGACAGGUAGGGGGCAUUCCCCAAAGAUGGCCAGACCCUACUGAGGACCCUGGCAUUGGCAAGUGGCCCAGACACCCACCUAUGCAGAAAUCUUUCCCCCGUUCCCACUCUUAAAGGGGAGUGACCAGUGUCUCCUGAGGUCUGUGCGAAACUGUGUGAUAAGGAGCUAUGUUACCAACUGGGCCUUCCGCACAUCUUUACCGAGAAACAUCAUUAAAAGAAAAGAUUGCU